AUGACAAAUCCACGUGAAGCUGGCAACUUCUAUCAGCAAAAUAGCGGGGUGUACGGUAACGUCAUGUGCUCAGCUCCAGCGCAAUGGAAACUUGUAAAUGGCGGAAGCCACAUGGACAUUUUGCCAUUGGAAUCAGGUUCUGGUGUGAAGGUUUUGUUAACGGGUGGGUCACCGUGUGGUAAUGGCAAGACGAUGUCUACAACGUUCAAUUUUGUGUGUGAUCUUAGCAGCGGCACGACAAACGAACCGACGUCAGCAUUAAAGGACGAUGAUCAGUGCAACUGGAACAUUGUCUGGAGAACUGCGUACGCUUGCCCCAUUUGCGAUGGUGACUACUUCCACGAACUCCGCUCGGCGUGUAGUGGUGGUGAACAGUUGGUCUCGUAUGCUCGCAAGCUAGCGUGUUACGGCGGUUCCAAAUUGGAGAGCACCGAUUCGAUCUCCGCGUGCACGGAAAGCGCAGUGGUGCUUGACACGACGGCCCUCUACUCGGUUUACGCAGCAGUCGUUAUCGUGGGAUUUGUUGUUUUGCUCCUGAUGAUGGUGAUCCUCAUUGUACAUCGCAAGUAUCGUAAUGCAUACAACGACUACAUGUACUUGAAGGGAAAGAUGCCGACGGAGGAGAAUACGCAAGAGAAUGGGUCGAAGGAGACCACAUUUGAGUUCACGCCGAAGUCCAAUGCACUGCACAGUUCUCCGCUGGGUACUUUGUCACCCUCUGCUCCAUCCGGUCAGGACGAGAUGAAUUCCGCCGUCGGCGAUGACGGAGUUGAACUCAAGCUACACAGCGUUUGA